AUUUUGUGUUGCUGGUAUAUGUAGCUCAGUCGUGUCGUGUUGUGUGUUGUGUUUGUUGCUCAGUCGUGUUGUGUGUUGCUGGUGUAUGUUGUACAACUAUUUCAUCAUUUAACAUUGCCAUGCUACCAGGUGUGGUGCACGGUGCGCCAAAGUGUAUCAAGGACAGCCACGGCAUCCUGAGAUUUAACGGAAAACCCUGCGCCAGUACCACACGCUAUGACGAUGGACACAGAGGAGCCUGUGGCUGUGGACCCCCAAACUCAGGUGAGUCGGACCUCUCGAUGCAGGUGCUUAGGGCCUCCCAACUCAAGUAUUUAAUAAAUUGAUCGUGGGCCGUUAAUAUAUAGAAGAAGAAUCGUGUCUUAAGGAACUCUCACUUAGUUUGAGACGCUUAGCCCAUGUACUUAAGACCUCUCACCUAUAUUCAUACUGAAUACAGAUUUUGAGUAUUAUACCCUUUACAAUAUUUUUUUAAAUUUUUAAUAUUGUCAGAAUUUUUAGUACCAUUUUUAUUUUUACAAAUUUUUUUUAAGAACUGGGAGAUAUUGUUAUUUGAUGUCGAUGUGAUAAUAUGACAAAAAUGUUAUAAGAUUACACGAAUGGGGGGGGGGGAUACUAUUACGACCAUUUUUUAUUUCUUCAUAUCCAAAAAAGAUUGGUUAAUCUAUAAUCCAUUAACUUUCAUAUUAUUAUUGUCAAAAGCUGGUGAAUGGUCCAGGACAUGGUUUAAACUUAUUUGAUAUAAUAUUUUAAUCUGUUUAAUUCAAAAGAUUCCGUGCUAGAGCCUUUAAUAUUUAAAAAAAAUAAUAAUAACUUCUUUAAACAGACUUUUCAGUGAUUGUCAAAAUUCUUCGUCACUUCCUGUCGACAGUGUCGAAACUAGAGAUCUUUUCUCGGAUAAUGAGUUUAAACAUGACUAAAUAUGUCAUUGCUUUGUUAUAGUGAGGCUCUAGGUCUCUUCUCCCCAAACUAAUAGUUGUAAGUUAUCGAUAGUUUUAAUUUCUAAGAGUCCUUCACCCCCCCCCCCCAAGCCGAUAUAUUUCUGCGACCACUCUAUACCGACAAAUUAUGUUUUAGUCAUGCUUCUCGUUCACAGACCAACCUUUCGCCUGGAACCUAAAUGAUUUAGUGACCGCCCCCAGCCAGAAAUACUUUGAUAACGGCGGAGACAAGCAGUGGUGUGGCGGCAACUGUGGAAAGUGUGUCAAACUCACUCCAACCGGUAGGUUAAUAUGUCAGACUCACCUCAACAGGUUGAUCGUUAUAUCAGACGCUCCCCAACCGGUAUGUGAAACUGACUCCAAACGGUAGGUUGUUAGGUCAGACUCACCUCACCAAGUAGGUAUAUAGAACAGAAACUCCGCGACCAGUAAGAUGAUUGGUCAGACACGCCCACACCCAGUGAAUUAUUUGAUCCAACUUUUAAGGAAGUUUUCGAUGUGUGCAAAUAAACCGCUUGUUCAGGGCCGAAUAAAUAUUUUAAGAAAAUACCUGCUCAGCCUGAUAGCACUUCGGGGGCGUCCAUUAAUUACGUCAACAAAAUGGGGCGGGGGUGGAAAUGUUUGACAGUUGUUGACAAGGGGGAGAGAGGGGGUUUAGAUUAGUUGACGUCAACAAUCAUAUUUCCUCUAUUAAAUUUUUAAUCUUAAAAAUUGACUGCUCAUUACAUUAUUUUUUAAAAAUUUUAAGUGUAAAUGAAUGUAAAUAGUCAUAUAAUUUUUAGCCUUAAAGCAAUAUAAGAUUUAUUUAAUGUGUGUCUGUGCACUGCUGAUGGCUGGUCAGAAUGUUAGCACACUGUGUUAGUGCAAGAGAAUUCAAAAGUUGGCCUCUCUUUACCUGUAGAUUCUGUUGCAGGUAUGGAACAAGGUUCAAGUGUCAUGUGCAGUCAAGAUAACUGAUAUUGAUAGAGUAGGAAUACGAUAUUUUGAGAAUUAGCUGAAUGUAAAGUAAGCAACAAUAAUAACAUCGCUGCUUGAACAGAUUUGCAAAAUAUGUAACAUCUAUUUGGAUCACAAGUCAUGUUGAAAAAGCAUGUUCAACAGAGCGGACAAUGCCCUCUUGAGCAUAAGAAAUUAUCACAUGCUCCUCAAAAAAAAAUGAUUUGACCAAUGCAAGUAGCUACAAGUAGAUAGAGAGAUCUUAUGGCAAUUAUUGAUCACACUGACAAUGCUUCUAUUUUAAGUGCUGAAUGGUUACAAGAGGAUGAUGUUGACUUGUCUGGUAUAGCAGAUCCGCAAGAUGAAAAUGAUCAAUCAGCUACUAUAGACUAUGCCGGUCGGGGGCGUCAUUUCAUGUUUUUUCAAGGGGACAAAACCAAAACUUGUUCUACUUGUUUAUUAAUGAAUGCGCCACAGUACAUAGAAAUUUAAAUAAAACCUGCAAAUUAGGGAGUGGGGGCAAAUGCCUCCCCUGCCCUACCCAAAUGAUGUCUCUGAUGCCCAUUUUUACGAUAGAGCAAACAUGGCUACUCCUUCGGAAGAUGAUAGCAGCUAGAAACUAUACUAUAAUUGUCAGCUUUACUGACAGUAAUUAUAUUUGUACCACAAACAAUGAAAUUUAGUCUUUGGAAACCUUUCAAUUGAUUCUGCAUUAUAAAAUUUAAAAACAAAAAAUGUUAAAUUGUUGAUUAACAAGCUAAAGAUGUAAAAAAAUGUUUUUCCUAAAAUUUUAUUAUCAUUAAAAUAGAUCAGUACAAAGUAAAUUGUAUUUAUAAAUUUAUUCAUAAUAUAAUUCAUUUUAUUUUAUUUAUUUAUUUAUUUUUUUUUUUUGGGGGGGUGGGGGCUAGAAAAUGUUGACUUAAUUAAAUAGGGAUGGUCAUUGAAAGUUUGUUGACAUUUGUUCACAAGGGGGGGGGGGGGGUCAAAAAAUUUCUUUAACUUUGUUGACGUAAUUAAUGGACGACCUCUUAGUCUCAACGUCCAAGGAAACCAUUCAAAACAAUUUAUAAAGUUUUGUUUGUUUGUUUUGUUGUCAAGAUAUUUUUUGGCGUUAUUUAGAUUAUAUUUCGGAGAAAAGCGAAAUUCAAAUCAGCAAAAUUUAUUUUGUUAAAGUCAAUGGCAAAUGCAUACAUUAAUUUAAAGGAAAUUUAAUUUUUAUUUUCGCAUUCGUUGACUUAAGUAAUGAGACAGGGAUCAAAUUAAUAAUUACGUGACUAUAUUUCCCGAUAAUUAUAUAUGUGUAGAAUAUGACAUGCUAUUGAUACUUAAAGAACGAAUACAUACAAAGUCAUAUAAUCAUUAACAAGAAACCAUUAUCGUCACUUGAACUUGUCAUUAACUUGCUAUGAACUUGUUAUGAAGCUGUCGUCAUAAAAUAAAGUAAAAAUAUUUCGUUUGUCUUUUUACGCAUUUAUUUGUGAUUGAUGUCUCCCCCACCCACCCUCUUUUCCCAGGUGGCUUUGUUCCCGGACUAGGCCAGGCGCCCCGUGACACCAAUGCCCACAUCUUCAUGGUGACCAACGAUUGUCCAAUCAACGACAACCGCGAAUGGUGUGGUCAAUCCGGGAAACCAGGAACCAGUAAGUGUCUUUAACAUUCACGCGUGGCACAUCUAGUUUAAUAUUAGGUGUUGUUUUUUUCCUACGGUCCGAAUAUAACCACGAAUGUUUAAUUACGAUUUGAGACGAUCAGACUAGCGCUAAUUCUGUUUAAUGUAUAAAAACUAGAGAUAUUUGCUUUGGAGUUUUUAAAAAAAAUAAUAUUCAGACACCGAACCUUUAAAGAAGAUUAAUGAGACACAAAUAAUUGGUACAAAUAAAACAAUAUAGGUUAAGUUUUAAUUGUAAUUACAUAGAAUACAAAUGUAAACGUUUCAGUAAAUGCCUUCAUAAGUACAAGAGAAAAAUAAAACAUGUAUUUAACUAAAUUUACAUAAUACAUAAUCAAUAUUUUUAAUAACACAAAUUGGAUGGGCUCAUUAAUCUUCAUGAAAGUUUUAUCGCAGCCCAACACUCGUAAAAACUUUUUUUUUUCAAUUCUUCAAUUGAGGAAAUUUGUACGACCACACAUAUCGUUUGUCAUAUAAGUAUAGGCCAAGCCCUUGCCAGGCGUCAAUCACAACCCUACCAGGGCAUUUGUUAUGGGGCUUAUAGUACAUACAUCCCGGGUAGAUGAGACUCGUUAACCUUGGAUGGCAACUCAUCUAAGAGAAGGAAACACUGAAAUCAAACCCGGAGAUGGAGUCCCGAAAGGCGGAUAACAUUGAUACAAUGAAACAUUCCGGCAACUCCUGCGACGUCACUGGUGCCAAGCUGUAUCAUCCAAUGAUGUUCCCUUGGGUUACCCAGCGGCGUGGAGAGAGGCGAUUUGCUGUUGGGAACCAGCUUAUAAUCCUUGAAGUAUAAUCCCAGGCCAAUGGAUUUCGUCCUCCGAAGCCCACUUCAUCGUCACAUUGUGACGGACGGAUGCCAACAGUACAUACAAAGUCUUACAAAGUUUUAAGGUCUAAAUAUAAAGGGCGAAAGAAAUCAAGACUCUUACAAAGAACGCCACCGAUAUUGGUAUGGCCAUUGCCUCCUAGUCUGAUUACAUAACAGAAAAGUUCCUGGAACAAUCUAGCGUGCAUUUACCGUUAACUCCCCCUUUUUUUUCUCAGUGAUUCCUUCCCAUUUUAUACCUAAUAAUAUAUUCCACUUUUCUUAUCAGUCAUUCCUUCCCAUUUUCUUCCUGUUGAUAACUUCCCCUUUUUUCACAGUGGUUCUUUCCCCUUUCAACUAAAUGAACGCUUCCCUUUUCUUAAAGUUACUUUCCCUUGACCUAUCAACAGACACACACAACGUCCAUGGGUACGAGGUCCACUUUGACCUCCAGAACCGCAAUUCUCAGAUUACAAACAGACUGGGCUGGGACAACCCCGAAGUCACGUGGGAAGAAGUCGGCUGCCCCGGAGAUUACGUCAGCAAAUGGCACCAGUGCGAAUGUUUCCACAGUGGGAAAUAAACUCUCCAAUGAAAGGGUUUUUUUUUUUAAAUUAUGUAUUUGUGUAAGUUACUUUAACAUUAUAGUUUCUAACCGAAAGAUAUAAACAAAGUAAUGAGUUGAAUUUUAUGUCUUAAGAGACAGACAGUGUUAUAUUUUUAAUAUUUAGUCGGACAUUUAAGGCAGUGGCUCUCAACCUUUCUAGUGCCGCGACCCCUUAAUACUGUUUCUCGUGUCGUGGCGACCCCCAAGCCACACAAUUAUUUUCGUUGCUACUUCAUAGCUGUAAGGAUAUAUGUUUUCAGAUGGUCUUAGGCGACCCUUGGAAAAGGGUCCCGCGACCCCCAAAGGGGUCGCGACCCACAGGUUGAGAACCGCUGAUUUAAGGAGUCAAUGAUAAAUGAUGUCACGCUAUGUUGGCCGACUUUGGUACCCAAAGCGUCCCACUUUUACUAAACGCAAUAUUCAUAAAUUUUCACAUCAUUUAGAAACCCUAAGUAACCACUGUCGCAAAAUUGAAACCAAGAACAAAAUAUUUAAAACUUAUGUAAAAAAAAAAAUUAAUUAGCAAUCCUGCCGACCCCUGCUUUAAGAGAUUUAAAUCAUAGAGAAAAAGUUUGAGAUCAACCAAAAGAGAAAUGGUUUAGAUCAGGGGUGUCGUGUUGCGUCCCGCGGAGCUAGGUUCAAUGGACAUAAAUGUUAACUUUAUUUUACAUAUCAACAAAAGAACAUUACAUCAUGAGUCGUUUGUAUCAAAUAGUUUUAAAUUACUCCUAAAAGAUCUUUGAAAUAACUCGCAAAUUUUUUUAAAGAUUUCAUUAAUUUUCGGGGAAAUUCAUAAAUUUUAGCUAUUUCGAAUAUCCUUCUUUUUGACACUCAAAGUUACUUAGUUUUUUAUUGUCCGACACUAAGUGUUGAUAAAAUUUAAUAGGAUACUUCAACCAGAUAAUUUAUACGUUCUGUUGUCUUCGGUGUCUUCGGGAAGCUCACAACACUAUCGGGUUCAUACUCAAAACUACUUUCAGCCCAGCUUGAAAAAGUUCAGCGUUAUUCUGUAGUUUCGUUCUAUCUCAGCCACUGCGACUGGAGAGAUUUUUAGUUGACUUUAAAAUAAAUAUUACUCAUAUGUAUAAUAAGAAUUCAAACUACUUUAACCAAGUGUCAUGUUUACCAUAUCGAUUCUAUAGGUAAGUAAACCAUUUUUAUCAGGGGCGUUGAUGUUCAUUUUUAUAAAGACAGACGACACUUAAAGAAACUACUAAGUCACGAGAUUUGUUAAAAGCAGUUGCAUGGAGAUUUUAUUGCUUUCCGUUACAACUUAACAACUUAUCGGUCUUAACAACGGAUGGUGCUCCAGCAAUGGUUGGCAAACACGAAGGAUUAGUAAAAUUGAUUGAAAAUUAUACUUCCAAAGUCGGUAAUAAUUCAAUGCUAAAUUUUCAUUGCAUUAUUCAUCAGGAGAAUUUAUAUAUUUAAGUCCCUCAAAAUGGACCAUGUCAUGAAAUACAUGCCUGUGGCGCUACAGCCCAUGCAGCACUUUGGCCUGCUUCACUACUUCCCUCCAUAGAGACCUAACUAAAGCUUUUCUUUUUCAUGCUUGGAUUCCAAGUUGUAGAUAUUUUUCCACAUCAUGCAUCAAUCUAACCCUAUGUCUGCCUUUGAGCCGUUUUCCUCUGGGUUUUUUUUUUUUGCUGUACCCUCUUUACUCCGCUGUCAUUUGGCAUUCUCUCUAAGUGUCCAGCCCAGCGUAGCCUGCCCUUUUUUUAAUCUCUGCUACUAUCGCAAGAUCCUUACAUAGACUUUACAACUCAUGGUUGAUUUGUAUUCUCCAUCCAUAUUCACCCUUUGUUGGGCCAUAUAUUUUCCUGAGAACUUUUCUCUCCAUGUGUUUAAUAGGUUUUCUUCCAUUUUUUGUUAGUGUCCACGUUUCAAUUGCAUGUGUUACAACUGGUCUGAUUACAAUUGUAUAGAUGUUUUUUUCUCUUGUAAUGUUUUUACUUUUGAGUAUUUUAUGACUACUGGCGUAUGCCCUGUUUCCGGCUGAUAUUCUAUCUUUUAUUUCUGUUAGUAAUUCGUUUCUUUCAUUUAAUAAAGAUCCUAGGUAUUUGAAAUGAUUUACUUCUUCAAAAUUCUAGUUUCUAAUUUUAAUGGCUUCAUCUGUCUGUUCUUCUCUUAUCCUAAUCAUGUAUUUUUUAGUUAUUUUUUUUUUUGGGUGAUUUUUUUUUCUUUUUUUUUUUUUUUUUUUUUUUUUUUUUUUUUUAGUUUUUUUUUUUUUUUAUUUUUUUUUUUUUUUUUUUUUUUUUUUUUUUUUUUUUUUUUUUUUUUUUUUUUUUUUUUUUUUUUUUUUUUUUUUUUUUUUUUUUUUUUUUUUUUUUUUGGGGGGGGGGGGGGGGGGGUGUUAAUUUCAAGCCCUGCUUGUAGUGAUGCGUCUUCUAAAGUAAAAAAAGACUUUGACUUGUCUUUAACACUUCCCUCAGCAGUGCUAUUUUUUCAGCAUAUUCAAGAUACUGAAGGGGUUGAUUGUGAAGUGUGCCUAUUGGCUUUGGGUUUUGGAUUACCCUCAGAAAGUAUCCUGUUAUUGUUCCCUGGGAGUCAAUAUUUGUAUGCUUCUCAUGUCAUGAAAGUGGUCGUCAAAAUAGUGAUCUUCAUUAAGUCGAGCGGGUUGAAUUACCGUCUGUUCCAAGAAUCUCAAGUAUUUGAACUCAGAUUAUAAUGACGUUACAUUUUAUGCAGAAGUAAGAUGGCUGACCCGUGACAAAAUGUUGAAAAGAGUGUAAAAUUUGCAGCAAGAAAUACAAUCAUUCUUUGCAAGAAAGUCAAUAAGUGUCCCAGAAUUUGAAGACAAAGAGUGGGUUUGCGACUUUGCAUUUCUGGUCGAUAUAACUAGUCACCUAAAUGACGUUAAUACUCAUCUACAAGGGAAAGAUCAGUUAAAUAAUAAGAUGUAUCAUAUUUCUGCAUUUCAAAUGACACUUAGUCUUUGGGAGCAACAGAUAAGGGAAAAAAUACUCACUUUCCUACAUUUUCAUGGCAACCAGACGUCACUCAUGAGGCGGAGGUUAAAUUCGUUUCUUUCAUAUCUGACUUAAACAUCGAAUUUGAAAACCAAUUUCAAGAUUUAAAAAAAAAACAACAUCGUAGGGUUCGUCCAUUAAUUACGUCCACAGAUUUUAAGCAAUUUUUGACACCCCCCCCCUCAUUGUCAACAGCUGUCAAACUUUCAAUAACCCCCCCCCCCCUCUUAUUAAAAAAAAAACAACAUCGUAGGGUUCGUCCAUUAAUUACGCCCCCAGAUUUUAAGCAAUUUUUGACACCCCCCCCCCUCAUUGUCAACAGCUGUCAAACUUUCAAUAACCCCCCCCCCCUCUUAUUUAAUUACGUCAACAUUUUCUAGCCCCACCUCUAAAAAAAAGGAGUUAUAUUAUAAAUAAAUUUAGACAUAUAUUUUACUUUGUGCUGAUCUACUUUAAUGACACAAAAUUGUACGAAAAACGUGUUAUUACAUCUUUAGCUUGUUGAUCACACAUAAACCAGGCAAGCGUUUGACCACGCUCUCGCCUAUGGGAAGCGAUGACGGGAUCGAAGCUGUAGCACGCUUGCUUGUUUACUUUAAUAAACAAAACAAAAAUAGGAGCGUAGCCCGGCAGUAAAUAUUAUUUUUGAAAUUCGGCCCGCCUGCUGCAAAGGCUGGCCACCCCUGGUUGAGAUGAAACUUUAUUACGUAUUGUUUUAAAAAUAAGCCAAAUCUUAAAGCAUAUUUACUUUACAAAAACAAUAUAACGGUGCGACAUAUUGCUGCAGUAAAAACACUGGGAGCGACACAAGGCAAAAACAUAAAUUGGUAAACUUGUGAAACAGCUUUCUUUUUAGAACAUCAUACUACAGAAAAUAUGUGAAACCUCUAAACGUAGUUAUUCUGAAACAACAGCUCUUUUGGGACCACGCAAUAAAGACGAUUUUUUUUCAGUGAAACUAAAGGCUUUGAAGAAACAAAAAAAACGAGAAUUAAAUCCAAAAAACGUAUAAUUCAUGACGAUGGUGAACCAGCUGCUGUUUUGACAGGCGAUUGAAAAACUUAAAGAUUAUGACUUUAAAUGUCGUAUUUGACACAAUGGUCGCUGUUUUAGGCCAGAGGUUACCGUCAGAUUCUAAAAUUCAUCGACAUUUGAAAUAGUUGUAUUGUAAUCACAACAAAACUACAAUAUCUGAUCCAAUAAAAAUCAUUUGUGAACCUCUAUUUAGUUGAUGUUAAUAAAUAACGUUACAACAAAUCGAUACAGUAAGCAUAGUUUAUUCCUUUUAACUUAAAAUAAAUUCCAUCGACUGAAUCAGAUCCAGUAGUUCCUAGACAAAAUUUGCUCAAUUUAAUGAACCGCAAUUAUCUACAAAAUGGCUUUCAAAACGGCAGUGGAGAAAGUUCGUUCAGUCAGUUAAAAAAGGAUAAAAUCAUUCUUUAGGUCAACAACUGACAUCUGACAGAUUUAAAAUCUGUGACUAUUUUUUUUUUUAAUGAGUCGGACGUCUAGACAAGCCUUGACUUUCAAAAGACCACUGGUUGCUUCUCUACGUUGAGAGCGCGGCGGAAAGAAUUAAACUAUUAAAAGAUAAUAAUUGAUGGGACUGCAUUCAAGUUGCAGAAUGAAAUAUAAGAUGCUAAACUUGAAUUCAUAGACAGGAUAAAAGAUUUUGACGUUUCGGCUAAGAGCCUUCAUCAGGAAACAAGAAAGAAAAGUAUAGCAAGUAUCAGAUCACAGUAAAAAAAACUUUAGAGAUUUCCUUUUGUUGCUGGAAGUAGGAUUACAGGAAGUGAAAGAAUAUAAAUAUUGGUACUGUGAAAAAUAAGGUAGAGAAUCUUAACGGAACAAAAUAUUUAGGGCCUUAAAAGCUAAGGAAUAAGAAAAAAAAAGAAAUAAAGGGAAAUUGAGAAACAUUAGUAAGAGAGUAUUUGAUUCAUACCAUGUGGAUAUAUGGUACCGAAAAGCUGAAUAGAUUUGUUUUCUAUUUUCACUCUCUCUGGUGUGUUUGGGCACGAAAUUAGUUCUGUAAUAGAUACAUCUAAUUCACCUUUGUUUCCCUCCGUUGAAGCGUGAAGAGACUGGGGAAAGGUUACCCUGUUCUGAAUACCGGAGAUUUUAUGAGAACCUAUCUGCCAAUUUUCUCCCUGUUUCUGCUAUAUAACUAGAAUGACAUCUACGGCACACAAUCACAGAUAUCACAUUCCGACUAACGCAUGUGAAACCCUCUUUGAUGGUAUCUACGUGUCAUGCUUCAUUUUGUCUGGUUUUCUGAUAAAGGCUCUAAGCCGAAACGUUAAAAUUGAUUGUCUAUGAAUUCAAGUUUAGCACACAUUGUUCUUAUAUUGCAAAUAUUGAAACAGUUGAAUUUGCCAAACAAUCAAAUUUAACUCCAACGGUUAUAUCUUUUCACAAUGUCAGUUUGUUAACAUCUGUAAAAAAAUGUAUAAUCACGUGUAUUUGAAUUACAGUGGUUAGAGUUUUUUUAAAAAUUCAUUUUGUUUUGGUCUUGUUUGCAUCAGGCCUCCAAAAACUUAAUCCGUCUCCAGUAAUGCGUAUGACAUAGUAUUUAGAACAAAAGUGCGCAAUAAUUUCAGAAAUUUGCUAUAGUUACAGAAAUUUGCUAUAGUUACAGAUAUUCGUCAAAAAUAGUCGCACAAAUUCGGUAUAGUUAUAUACUUUAGGUAUAGUUACAAAAAUUCGCUAUGGUUACCCAUCUCUUUAAGCUGUGCUACACCGACUCAUUAUCACCGCCCUCUCACCGAUAAAUAUGUCAUAUUAUGGGAAAGAGCGUGAGCUCUUAAUACCCCUCCUGGAACCACUCCCCACGGGCCAGAUGCCGGGUUUCCCCGCCGACAGACCGCCGGGAACUUCCCCGGCCAGGAUCGCUCCCACCCGCAGCCGCUCGAUCGGACUCGUGAAUGGAGGCUUUCCCCGCCCGGGGAUGUCCGAUCAACCGAAAACGCUGCGUUGAAAGCGUUCGCAGCCAAAUCUUUCAGGGAGUCGGGAUGGUAAAUUUACGUCCUUAUAUCUUCCCUCACCCAUCCAGGGAAUUCCCUCUAGGAAGGUUUCCUACCGUAGGUUUCCACCACGCAGCUAAUUCGCGAAGUAGCUGGGACGAAACGGUUGCUUUGGAGCAGCUUUCUCGGGACUGCAUAUUAGAAUCAUCGGAAAGAGACUUCCACCUUAUCCUCAUAUCCAUUAACGGCAACUUGUAAUCAUGAUCCCUACCCAGUCUCUUCCGUUACAUCGAGCUGUGAAAGCGUCACAGCUGACAGCCCUGUAAGAGCUGUUUAUACCGAAAGGUACCAUUGCAUGUCUUUGUCUGCUCACGCGGAAAACGCAGUGGUGGUCUUGUUCCCCGGGUUGACGUGAGGGGGUCCGGUGGCCAACGCUUCCAAAUCGGCAAGACACCUCAGACUUGUCGACCGGAAUCCCUGACAAACAAAGCUCGAUUCUGCUGGGUGCUGUUCGUGGCUAGACAGAGGUAAACAGUACUUGGGCGGGUGAGGUCAAGCUUUUCCACAUUUGUUGUUUUUAAAUGUAUACGUUUAUGUAAUUGCUAAUUUUUAUGUGAAGCGCAGUGAGCCAAGCCCUAGGCUGGGGUACUGCGCUAUAUAAAAAAAAAACACUUAAUAAUAAUUAUUAGCUAUAGUAAUAGACAUAGGAAUUAGUUUCAGAUUUGUCUAAACAUUACAUUCCUAUAUAAAUGGCAAGACAAGAAAAUAAAAUGAAAAAAACAUCAAGCAAUUUAAAUGAAAAGUUUUGCUGUCAUUAAGAACGACAUGAGUCGCAUUGCUUCAUCAUUCAACUUAUGAAAAGUCUGAUAACCAUUGCAUCGUCUUCAAUUUUAAAAAAAAAAAAACAUUUAUUUUAGUUCACCAGUUAAUGAUUUAAGUAAAAUUUAAAUUUAAAACACACAAAAUUGUUUUGAUACCAUGUAGCGCUUCUGAGAACAGGCAAUCCGGUAACAAAAACUGAAGGCAGACCUCUAAGGACUAACUGAUAAGGUGGACCAGGGCUAUAAAAGCAAGGGCGCUUCAAAGCAGAUCAGCCACAAGAUCUUUUGCACAUUAUAACCUGGGAGUCAUUUGUGACGAGUAGGAAUGAACUGUUACGUCAUACUUCUAGCUUCUAUUGUUGGUAUGUUGUACAAAGAUGUUGUAUGUUGAUGUUGUAUGUUAAUGUUUGUAUAUGUUUUAUGAGGUGGUUAUACUGUACAAAGAUAUUGAUUUUCCUAUAUGGAUGUUGUAUGUUGGUGUCACAGUAAGCACACUUUUUUUGGCUGUUAUUUGUGGCACAAUCGUGUUGUGCGUUUGAUGUUGUAUACUGCACAAUCGUCUUGAUUGUUGAAGGUUCGUGUAUCCAAUAAUUUCGUACAUGAGUACUGUAUGUUGUAGCACGGUCUCCUGUGUGGAUACCUUAACACGCAUAACAUUCUUUACUACUUAUCGAAGUUGAUAUCAAGUGUUGAUCUUGUACGCACAUGAUAUAGGAACUGUGUUAUUUCUGAAAUGUCAAAAUCUCAUAAUCAAUUUUGCAGUGUUAGAUACUAUCAAUACUAAUAAUUUUACAAAUAUACAAACUUAACUGCUCAUAAUUCACAUUUUUGGGCGAUUUAAGCGGUGGCCCUCGCAAAAAAUAAACAAGUUCCAAGUUUUAUUGUGUUCGGACUCAAUUCAUUCUCGAAUCCCCUUUUUUUAAAGGUAUAUUUAUAUCAUUUUUUUAGGCUGCGACUAUUCGCACCCGGGUACCAGAAGUGAGAGGUUGGGAUUAAAAAAAAAUAUUAAAAAUAGUAUUGUUGGGUUUGUAAGACAAAAUGAGGUAUCAAAUGAAAGAUAAUUGAAUUGGAUAUAUGUUUAUAAGCCUACUUCUUCAGUUUAACUAAAAUAAACUACCACAAAUGACAUACGAGUAGCAUUGAGCCUAAUGGUACCCGGGUGCCAAUGGCGGCGCUGCGUGUCUUGGUUCAUUUUGACUCAGUGCUAUUCUAAUGUCAUUUGUGGGAGUUUAUUUUAGUUAAACUGAAGAAUUAAGUUAACAAACAUAUAGUCGCGGGUUACAACAAAUGCUGGAAUUUGAUCAAAAAAUGAACUUCUCGCAGGCUCCACAAGACAUUGAUUUAAUGAUAGACUUAAAUUAGAGAGAGCGUAUUCGUUUCUAGAAAAAAAAAUAGUUACAUUGAGAUCUUAAGCAAGUACAUUUUUGAUAUUUCUAAUUUGUUGUUGUUUCUUUUUUUUCUUCUUGUCUGCUGAAGAAGGCAUAAAGGAGACACUUCCGUUUUAAUUGUCAUGUGUUUUCUUUUUAAGUCUAAAAAUAUAUUUUUCCAUUAUUGUUUUAAAUAAAAAAUUCUAUUGUUUUAGUAGCCCAUGAGGUGAAACUUUCAAAUCAUAGCGUUGACAUUUCACUACGGUGGGUAACACUUAGUAUAGUAUUAAUCAAUAAUCUGUUUAUGAAUUGGCUAAGUGAACCAUUUAACAUGUCCAUACGACCAGGUGCGGUGCACGGUGCGCCAAGGUGUGCCAAUGACACCCACGGCAUCCUGAGAUAUAACGGGAAACCUUGCGCCAGUACUACACGCUACGACGAUGGACACAGAGGAGCCUGUGGCUGUGGACCCCCAAACUCAGGUGAGUAGGACCUCUAACCGCAGACACUUAGGGCCUCCCAACUCAGGUCUUAAGAACCUCCAACUCAAGUACUUAUGACCUUCUAGCUCAGAUUUUAAAGACCUUUCCAUGCCAAAAAACGGUGUUUAAUUCAUCCACAGACCAACCUUUCGCCUGGAACCUCGCUGACUUCGUGACCGCCCCAAACCAGAAGUUCUUCGAUAACGGCGGAGACAAGCAGUGGUGUGGCGCCAACUGUGGGCAGUGUGUCAGACUCACCCCAACUGGUAGGUCGAUUGCACAGACACACCCCAACCAGUCGGCUAAUUAGUCAGACCCCCACACCCCCCCCCACAACGGGUCAGACCCACCCCAAACCGAUAGUUCGUAAGGUCAGACACAUCCCAACCAUUGAUCUCUUACCAGAUGGGCUGCAGUGGGUCAGAUUCACCCCCAUCAGGUGGGUCAUUAGAUCCAAAUUUCACAAAACUGUUCGAAGUCACUUGUUCAAGGCCGAAUAUAUAUUUCAAGAAAAUGUAUGAACAGCCUGAUUGCAAUUAUCCUAAACCUGUGAAGAAACUCUACACAAUUAUUGACAAACUGACUUCUCCCAGAAUUUUUGGCGUUUUUUAAAUUAUAAUUGGGACAGAGGCGUUGCUAGAGUGUUUUGCACCCGGGGACAAGAUUCACUUUAAAGCGCCUCCAUUUCUCUUUUAAACUCUCACACCCAUUAUUUUAAUCAAUAAAAGAAUAUCAAAGCACAUUUUGGCGCCUCUUACAAGUCUGACAUCUGUCCCCCCUGCCCCCCCCCCCUUAGCUACGACUCUCGAUUGGUAAAAAAAAAAAAAAAAAGAAUCAGCAACGUUCAAAUCAGCGAAAUUUAGUUUGUCAAAGGCCGUGGGAAAUGCCCACAUUAAUUUUAAGGGAACAUGGUUCAUCUUUUCGCAUUCUUUGAUCUUAAGUUCUGAGACGGUGAUCAAAUAAAGAUGCAUGUGACUUUAUUUCGUUUAAAUGGUUGAUAUUGUAAGGGACCUUGCUUACUAUCUGACACACUUCAUCUAAAUCUGGUGCUCAAUAAGUAAACAACUCCGGUGAUACAUUGGAUCAUUAAACUCGUGUUCUUUAUUGUAUCUGUCACUUGCUUACACUAUCACUCAUCUCCCAACUCUGACUUCUCCCUGCUCUGACUUCUCCCUGCUCUCUCUCCCUGCUAUCUAGUUCUCAGUCCGGCCGCCUUCCCUGCUAACCAUCCGGCCGCGCUUCCCCUCGUCCCGUCCAGAGGUCCCUAUUUAUAGGUCCCUGGGUCUGUACUUGCCCCGCCCCUUUUCUCGGUCGGUCUAGACGUCCCAGGUAAAUGCCCUGGUCAGAUGGAUGGUCGUGUCUGGGUGUCAGACGGCCGUAAUUGGUCAGGCGUUUGAUCCUUGGGUCCGUCGUGCUCCACAAGCUUGAUCCUUCGGUCAGACGGAUUACGUCAGGCGCCGUCGUGGUCCGGCGCUCGUGCGUGGUCACAAGCUUGGGUGGUCAGACAGAUUACGUCAGGCGCGGUCCGAACUCUCCACAAUAUUUAGACAUGUGUAUAAAGUGUAACAUUCUAUUGAUACUUAAGGAAAGAAUACAUUCAAAGUCAUACAAUUAUUAACAAGAAGCCAUUAGCUUUGUUUGAACUUGCCAUGAACUUGUCAUGAACGUGUUGUGGACUUCUUAUGAACUACUUGUGAACUUGUCAAGAAUUUAUUAUGAAAUUGCCAUUUAAUGGACGAGAACUUGUCAUGAAGCUGUCGUCAUAAGAUAAUUAAUAUUUGGCAUGUCUUUCCACAUUUAUAAUUUCCACAUUUAUGAACCUGUCAUGAACGUGUUGUGGACUUCUUAUGAACUACUUGUGAACUUGUCAAGAAUUUAUUAUGAAAUUGUCAUUUAAUGGACGAGAACUUGUCAUGAAGCUGUCGUCAUAAGAUAAUUAAUAUUUGGCAUGUCUUUUCCACAUUUAUAAUUGUGAUUGAUGUCUCCCCCCCCCCACUCCUUUUCCCAGGUGGCUUUGUUCCCGGACUAGGCCAGGCGCCCCGGGACACCAGCGCCCACAUCUUCCUGGUGACCAACGAUUGUCCAAUCAACGACAACCGUGAAUGGUGUGGUCAAGCUGGGAAACCAGGAACCAGUAAGUGUCUCUAACAUUCACGGUUGGCGCAUGUAAUUUAAUAUCAGGUGGAUUUUACCAUGAAUGUUAUUUUUUUAAAAAUAUGAUUCUAUAUAAGAAGACCAGCGGAAAUUAGGUUGAAGACAUAAUGUACAGAUAUCUUUCUUUGAACUUAGGGGGAAAAAAAUUAUUGACACACAUUGCAACCUUUAAAGAUACGUUGUUCAGUGGUUCCCCAAUCAGGAAAUUGUGAGAACGGCAUAUUUCGUUUGACGUAUAAGGCAAAACUUUGCUGGCAAGACAAACAUCUGUACCGCGAUAUUUCAUUUGGGCUUACAGUACACACUCAGCGUCCAAAAGAGAUUUAUGAUCCUAACAAAAAGGGCGAUAGAAAUCAUCACUGUUUUAGAGAUUUGAAAUGAGGUUUAAAGUUGUGAAAUAUAGUGAUACUUUGCUUUGGAAUGUUAAAACAAUAAUAAUGACGAGACACCGCAACCCUUACAGAAGUUUAAUGAGACACAAACAAUUUGUGUAAGUAAAACAGAACAGAAAAGUUACUGGAACAAUUUAUCAUGUAAUUUUUACCAUAAACUCCCCCUUUUCUUUUCAGUGUUUCCUUCCCCUUAUCAGCCCAAUGAUAACUUCCCCAUUUCUUCCCGGUUAUACCUUUCCCUUUUUCUUCUUAACGAUAAUGUGACCAUUUAUUUUCAGUUAUUAUCUCCCCUUCGUCUCCUUAUAUUCCUCUUUUUCUUCCCGGUGAUUCCUUCCCUUUUACUACCCAAGGAUAACUCCCCCCUUUCUUAUAAGCGAUUCCUUCCCCUUUUCUACCUAAUGACUUCCCCCUUUUUUCCCCAGACAUUCCCUCCCCUUUUUAUAUCCAAUGAUAACGUCCACCUUUGUUCUCAGUGAUUCCUUCCCCUUUUCCAACUAAUGAUAACGCCCCCCCCCCUUUCUCAUCAGUCAUUCCUUCCCCUUUUCUACCUAAUGAUUACUUCGCCCUUCUUUAAAAGGGAUUUAUUCCCCUAUUUGUGCAUAAUGAUAAUUUCCCCUUUUCUGACUAGUGAUUCCCUCCCCUUUUCUACCUAAUGAUAUGUACCCCUUUUUUCUUCAGUGAUUCCUUCCCCUUUUCUAACUAUUGAUAACUUCCCUUUUUCAUCAGUAAUUCCUUCCCCUUUCAACUUAAUGAAAGCUUCCCAAUAUCUUAUCGUUAAUAACUUCCCCUUGACCUAUCCACAGACCAAGCCAACACCCAUGGAUACGAGAUCCACUUUGACCUCCAGAACCACAAUUCUCAGAUUACAAACAGACUGGGCUGGGACAACCCCGAAGUCACGUGGGAAUCUGUCGCCUGCCCCUCAGAUUUCGUCAACAAGUGGCACCAGUGCGAAUGUUUCCACAGUGGGAAAUAA